AUGAGAUUGGAAAAGGGAAGAGUUAGCGAUGAUUUUGCGCGCUGCUUAGGCAGAGAUUCAGCGAGGACAGCAAAAAUAAGACGCUUGAGCCAAGAACAAUUAUUCAACAACAGUAAGAGACAUCGCCAAGAGGAUCAGGAGGAGCAAGAGGAAGUCAGGAAAAGGGGGUUGCAGGGGAAGAAGUCGAAUCUGGAAUCAACCAAAAAAAAUUAUCCGGGCCGAUCCAUCUCCUGUAAGCUGGUGCGUGUUCUGACACAGCCUCGUGGGAAUCUUCUCCUCGUCGGUAUUGGAGGUAGCGGUCGGCAGAGCCUGACUCGUCUGGCUGCCUACAUUUGCGAGUACACACCAUUCCAGAUCGAAGUGACUAAACAGUAUAGGAUACAAGAGUUUCGGGAGGGUGAGUUGGGCGGACAGAAAUAG